AUGGCCGAGAAUGACACCUUUUUCGCACCGAGCCUGGCUCGCGUUUACGCUGUGGAAUACCCCAACCGUGCUACCGCGUAUUUAGCCCUUUCAAUUGCCUUAUUUUUGCUAUUAUAUGGCUUCAACCGCAAGGGCGCUCAAAAGCUGGCCUCCGGAGUCUUGGUGGUGGGCGGCAGUGACAAGCAGAAAAUCCACACAAAUCGCGAGCGCUUCCGCGAACAUGCCAAGGAAUUCCUUGAGGAAGGCUACAGAAAAUCGGUGGACGGCUUUUUCUACGUCCCUAGCCCUCUUGGAGAACGGUUGAUGAUACCGGUCAAGUAUCUUGAGGAGUUGAAGACAGCCCCGAUUGAUGAGGUGGACUUCGUUGCUACAUUCAUUGAGAUGUUCGAGGGCAAGUAUACAACAAUGGGUAGUCGAUCAACCUUGCAUCCCCGAGUUGUCAAAGCACAACUCAACCAUCACCUCGCCGACGUGAUGCCGGGAGUGCAACAGGAAAUCGUUGACUCUUUCGCCGACUUAUUCCCUGUAUGCGAGGAUUGGACGCCUGUGCCAGUAGUGCCAAUAUUGACACAGAUCGUGGCGAGGGUUUCCAGCUGCAUGUUUGGCGGCACAACCUUGUCCCACAAUAAGCAAUGGGUUCAGUCGUCGAUUGACUUUGCCAUUGACGGGUUCAUCGGCGCUCAGAAAAUCAAAAAGUACCCCGAGUUCCUCAAGCCAUUGGUAGCACGCUUUAUCCCCGAGAUUCGGAAAAUUGGAGAGCACUAUGCAGCGGCAGAAGCUGCUGCUAUUCCCUUGCUCAAAAGCCGCCGGCAGACGGGCGAGAAAGCGAUGGACCUGCUGUGUUGGAUGGAUGAGCAAGCCAAGGGAGAGGAGCAGGAUCUCAAAUUUUUGGCCGGAAUCCUCUUGAAAGUCAGUUUUGCCGCUAUACACACUAGUGCAGCAGCACCUGCACAAUUGCUUUACGACCUGUGUGAGCAUCCCGAAUUUAUCGAACCAUUGCGGCAAGAAGUGGACAGCGUCAUUGGCCGCGAUGAUUUGAUUGACAAGUCCGGAUUUCUGAAAAUGGUAAAGAUGGACAGUUUCAUGAAGGAGAGUCAGAGGUUUAACCCCUUACUACUGAUCACUUUCGAACGUGUGAUUCAUCAACCGUUCACAUUGUCCUCGGGUUUCACUAUCCCGGCGAAUACAACAAUCGGCAUUCCGACGCAGGCUAUAACGAUGGACGAGUCCCUGUAUCCCCGUCCGGGGGUAUUCGAUCCUUUCCGCUUUGCCAAAAUUAGAGAAGAGCGACCAGAGAUGGAUGGUCGUGCGCAGUAUGUCGCAUCGAAUCCCGAGUCACUGAGUUUUGGGUACGGGCGCCACGCAUGUCCGGGACGAUUCUUUGCUGCCCAAGAGAUCAAGGCCAUCAUGGCUUACAUCCUGCGAAACUAUGACAUCCGGUUUUCUAAAGGUCAAGACCGGCCAGAAAGCCUGCGGGUCGAAACACAGUACUUGCCACAUCCAGCAGCUACGGUGGAAUUCAAACGGCGAUCGUAG